CUCCACGCACGCACGCGCAGUGUUGCUUGGGCUGCAGUGUUAUGAUAGACACGCGCUUCGUCUGACGUGUACGUUUACACAAUCUGAUGGAUGGUGUCAGGUCUGUUAAAUUAAGGUAAAAUAAACAAACUAAAGGCUUUUACCGGCUGGAUUCGGGCCUAUUUUCUUUGCCGCCGUUAGACCGGAUCCUGCUGUCGAGAGGAAAAAGAAAGAAAUGGAUUUCUACUUCGAUGACCUACCUUCCACCUCACAGUCCACCCCGAAGAAAGCGCAGGAUGACACGCAGAUGGAGUCCGAAGACGCAGAGUUUAACUCCUCAAAGGACAGGUCCUCAAACAUGAGCAUGUGUGAGGUUCCAGAGCAGAGCAGCAGUCUAGGCAUAGAGGACAUCAGCCGCCGAGCACAGGAGACGGUGGAGGACAUCAACCACAGCCGCACCAAUGACCAGAAAGUGAUGGACGACUUUCAGGAGAAAUUAGCAGAAAAGGUGACAGAGACGUGUCGGCAGAUGAAGGAGCACAUGUACACGGUUUACGAGGAGAACAGUGACGAGAUGCAGGUGAAGCUGCAGGAGCUGUCCAAGGUGCUGGAGAGCUGCUCCAAGCUGAACCGGGAGCUGCUGGAGGCGGCUCAAGCGCUGGCCUUCCUCCGAGAAGGCCUGGCCAUGAGUCAGAGAUCAGAAUCCUAACUGCCUGGUUCACUUGUUUCUGAGGAAAAACACCUGUUAUUUAUUACAUUAUCAGGUUAGCGGGGUUUGUGGAUUUCUUUGACCUUUGGUUUGUGCUAGCAGUAAGAAAAUAGUCAUUUCAAAGCUAAAUCCCUAUUUAUUUUAUUUGUUU